AAAAAAGAGAGAAAAAAAAACCCGGAUCUAACUCUGUUACCUAAAAGGGGUAAACGAAAUUCACCAUUGAAGUAGCUUGGAAGUUGAAAUCCCAUUGAAAAAGAAGAAUUAAAGGAAUGGAAAAGGAAGCAAAGAAAGAAGGUUUCAGGAAGUAUCUGGAGGCCAGUGGAGUUCUUGAUGCUCUAACCAAAGUCCUUGUUGCACUAUACGAGCAGAAUGACAAACCUUCUUCAGCUCUUGAAUUUGUCCAGCAAAAAUUAGGUGGUCCAUCACUGUCUGAAUAUGAAAAGCUACAAGCCGAGUUAUCAGAUCUGCAAAUCAAGUAUAAUGAACUUAUAAAAGAAAACCAAGAAAGAUGCAGAGAGUUGGAGGAAUUGAAACACACACAAGUAGAAGCAUCAGCUAAUAAGGAGCUUGAUGUAGGAAAUACUCAUGAUGAAGAACUCAAUACAGAUGUAGUAAAGUGUUAAAAAUGCCUUAAAGACUUCAAUUCUUUUGAAUACUGAAGCUGUUGUAAUCUCAUUUUUUUAAAAGGAAGUUUGAUAUGUAAUGACGAUAGGUCAAAAAUCACGUGUCUACAACUAUUUCUCGGAUACCAUCUUCUAAUUCUUGAGUAAUAUAUUGUACAUGGCUUCGAUGUCGUGGAGUUGAUUCGCGU